CUUCUUUUUUUCUCGUCUUGAUCUGAACUACUAACCAAGUCUUAGAGAGAGAUCAAAAUUCAAUCCCGUUCUGAGAACGCGAGAAGAAAAAAAGAAGAAGAAAAAAAAGAAAAAAGAAAAAAAGAAAGAGAGGAGAAAUGACGUUAUUUGAAUAUGUGCCCAAAAUCCUUAAUGAAUAACUUAGGACGAGUAGGAGGCAAAUGCUGCCCCAGCUGUUUCCUGUUGAAAAUGUCUGUGUAAUGUAGAUAAAUGUGAGGGAUUUUCUCUCUAAAUCCGUCUCCUGUUCGCUAAAUCUCACUUCUCCAAAACGAGCCUGCGCAAUGGAACAAAGUCGGAAUAUUGAGAUGUGAUAUUGCCCGCAUCUCAUCCUCUUUCUCCCCCGUUUUUUAAUGACUUCAAACAAGUUCCUUUUCGCCGGGCUUUGUCUCGCGGGGACCCGUGGGGAUGUCUCGCGCUCUCUCCUCUCAGUGGCAUUUAUGUGAUGCCUUCAAGUGUGCGAUGUGCUGUAUCUCCUGUAGCCGCGCCCUCUCACUACUGCUGUGCGUCCUCAGCCUGACUCCGACGGGAACCAGGGCGGGUCCGGAGACCCUGUGCGGGGCGGAGCUGGUCGACACGCUGCAGUUCGUGUGCGGGGAGAGAGGCUUCUAUUUCAGUAAACCAGGUUAUGGCCCCAACGCGCGGCGGUCCCGCGGCAUCGUGGACGAGUGCUGCUUCCAGAGCUGCGAGCUGCGGCGCCUGGAAAUGUACUGCGCGCCUCCCAAGACCAGCAAGGCCGCCAGGUCCGUCCGCGCACAGCGCCACACGGACCGGGCGCCGAAGGUCAGCGCCGCCGCCGCCGCCGGCCACAAGGUGGACAGGAGCGCGGAGCGUAGGACGGCACAGCAGCCGGACAAGACAAAAAACAAGAAGAGACCUUUACCUGCACAUAGUCAUUCAUCCUUCAAGGACGUGCAUCCGAAAAACUCAAGUCGAGGCAACAUGGGGGGCAGAAACUACCGAAUGUAGGGAAGGGAAGCGAAUGGACAAACGUCCGGCGACUUGGGAGGAGAGAAGGGCGUGGCCUUACCCCCCCCCCCCCCUUGAAUGGUUCGCCCUAAAACUAAAACAAAGAGGAUGUUAGCAAAGGUUAAAAAAUCUCUCCAAAAUGAGUGAAACCUGAGAGCCGAGUGGUGUUGUUAGGGUUUUAAAUGAGGGAUCUUGUGAUUAUUUUAUACACUGCGCCGUUCCAUAUCGGGAGGAAUUCUUUGUAAAUGCAACGUAGCCGAUUAGUUUAGCUAACGAGACGCGAACAAGAGCUUAACGCAUCUCCGCGUGGGAGCUGCAGCGCCCCCCGGGCUCCAGGAAUGGACCAAUCAGAGAGGGGGGGUCCAGGCUGUGGUUGAGAACGAGUGUCCUGUCCCCUGGACUUUGCAGGGGGGUAAAUAUUUGUACUCUUUUUUUUUAGAGAGUGGAUUCAUUCACUUUGGUAAGACGGGACACCGUGUACCGGUUACUACCGCAGUUUGUCUUUUUGCGUCUCGCGGUACCCAGGAUAUUCGUAAUAAGUAAAAUAAAGUUUGCUUUAAAAAGGACAAAGACCAGGUCGAUCGUGAUCAGACUUUAAACAUUGUUUUAGAUAUUUUACCCUGAGUUUCAUUGACUUCAUUGAUCCAAACCCCCUCGUAGACCUCGUGUUGAGAACCUGGGGAUUUGAGUCUACGUUCAAGCACCGUUAUUAAAGGUGGCUUUUCUUUUUAGGACAGGUUGGAAGUACAACAAACAAGAGACACAAAUAAAACCAGAAGAUAAAUCGAAAUCAGUCAGUUCGUGCUGCUUCGUCAGAAAUCGAUCAUUCAGUAGAUUCAAAGUACGUUUGGCACAAAGCCGCCAAAACUACCCGGCAACCGGGGAUCAACAUUGGAGUCUGAGUGGAGGCCCGCGUCCAAGGUCACCGCAAGUGCUUGACAGGUGCUUGACAGGUGCUUGAAAAGGUUCUCUUAAAGACUCGGCAACAUGUUCGUUCAGACGGCGUAAAGCAAAAAAAAAGAAGAAGCGAUCGCCACGUAGCGUAGGAAGUUUAUAUUUUGUUAGUUUAGGGAGGCUGCGAACUUUUUUAGAGUCCACCGGACGAAUCAAAGACAGAUUUUGGUAAAUGCAACGCAUUUAAAUGACUUCCCGGUAGACGCCAUACACGGCACGACGUAACCACAGUGUCAACCGGAGUUGCGUAACCCGCGAGGAGCAAAGUCGAGCGCACACAAACACGACUCGCGGAAAGCCGGUUCUGAGAAGUCGGCUUGUUUGUUCAAGCUUCACCAAAAAAAUUUAAAAGGAUUUACGGUCUUUUUUAAAAAUCGCACAAACCAACCGAGACAUCUCAUCCGUCGCCUCCUCCGCCUGUGUAUAAUCAAACAGUACUCCCAUUUAUGUUAACCUAUGCAUUACUAUCAUUCAUUGUACAUGACGGUUUCAUAUAACAAAACUGUAUUAAGAAUCCUUUCCACUGUAUAAUGGUGCUAUUUUGUAGUUUGUUACUUGCAAGAGAUGGCAGGGCUUACAUUGGAGGUCUUCCCUUUCGCACAGCCUGGCAAGCCACCAUUUUAAUAGUGUUUUUAUUUGUAAAGCCGUCUCAAUAAGGUCGUAGUGUAAGCGAGUAAAUGUAUCUGUGUGAAAUCUGUGAAUGCAUGGAGAUUUUAAAAAAAACGAGAUAACACCACGUUGUUAGGCAAAAACGCUAUUUUUUCUACUGUGUUUGAAUUAUUUUCUCAAUAUAGAUCCCUUCUGCCAAAUAACUUGACAAGAGUACUUUGAACUGUGAUUCUUCCAAUUGUAUUGAGAUUGUUAAAGGUCAUGGUUUGCUAUCGUCUGUCCUGAUGUGUGUGUGUGCGCGCGAGUGUGUGUGUGUGUACACACACCUCGCUGGAAGCCACGGAAUUGAUUAUUAAAAACACUUAAUGCGAGACUACGCAACUGUUGCUGAACAGCGGCCCAUGUGGCUACAAGUGGUAAUUACAGGAGAAUAUUAUAUUGAAUUUGCCUUCAUUUCCCAAGAUUCUCUUGAGUCAUGUACCGCUAUUUUUAUUGUUUAAAUAUUACUGCUAAAGUUCCUCCAGCUUUGCCCCUUGAGGCUGGAAUAGGAAUUUAUGUGAUUCUAUAUUUCCAUGUAUCUCCAAAAGAAGAUAUUAUUAUGUAUUGAUUAUUAAAAAAACACUUAAUGCGAGACUACGUAACUUCUGCCGAACAGCGGCCCCUGUGGCUACAAGCAGUAAUUACAGGAACAUUGAAUAUUGAAUUUGCCUACAUUUUCAAGCAAAUAUUUAAAAUUUCUAUUCAAAAUAAAAUAAGAAUUAAGGCACGUUUCCAUCAGCUGGUGUGAGCCAAAAAACGUGACUACAAGACAAUAUCAAUAUAUAUAGAGGGGGAGGGGAAUGGGAAAACAUAUAUUUGCCUAACUUGUAUUUUUUAUUAUUCAAAUUACAAUUUGUAUACACAAUAAAGACAAAACAAUCGUUCCCCUUUCCAAAAACAAACUAAAUUAAACGGCACAUUAAUUACGGUAUUAUCGUGGAUGGAGUCUCGACCAAUCACAGCAGGCCGUAGACGUUGCGUCAUAUGUACUUCGGACGUUAGCUGAGGUAUUUUAUUACGAUUACAAUACCAAAAUUUUAAAUAUGAAAACAGUUUCACUGUCUAAAUGAAUGGAUGUAUCGUCCCACACAUUUCACAGGAACAAAAUAUACACGAUAGAUAGAAACUACUAAGUUUUUUCUCACGAUUUCGAGCAAUAUACCCGUGUGUGCUGCUUAUAAUGAAUAGUUUAAAAUAAAUGUGUCCAGUAAAUUAAAAUGUACAGUCGCUGUUGACGGUAUCUUGGCAAUCCACAUGAAAACUAAAAAAAAAAGAGUGAAAUUCAGCAUAAAUGUCCAACUAUUGUGCUUUUUUUUUUAACGCUAAUGAAGUCAAACUUUUAAUUUGUUAGAACUCUUAGCUUAAUUUAUUUUGACCUGAAACAUUUGUUUGCAUCCUUCCGAAUCAAAACCUCUUUUCACAUGUAUAUGUAUAUUGAAAAAAAAAAGUGUGUUUUUUGUAUGACAAUACUUUGGUGUCUACAGAUUGUAUAAUCAGUCGACAACUCUGGAACAACGCUGGUCCUCCCAGACGUUCAGACGUACAGCACAAAACCAAAGACAACGAAGCCCCGCUUGAAGCUCACUGUCCAAGAAACUGUUUGAUUACAGCGCUGUUAUUUAUGGUGCUCGACUGCCUUCUGUAGAAAACAUAUUCUGACAAAUUGUUCACCAAUUCCUGCUGAAUAAACCACUUGUCAACAUCA